AUGGUGCGGCCAUCGCGUGGGAGAGACUUCAACGUUGGGCUUACGUCGGCGGCAUAUCAUGGCGCUUCCCUCAGGCUUACCAGACCCCCGUCGGGCAUAUUCUGCAAGACGUACAAAUGCCACUCCAUGGCGUGCCUCGAUCGACCCGGUCUCGAAUUUGGCGACAAGAUCAUCAUGCCUCAGGCGGCAUUUCAUGAGGCAAGCUCACGGCGUUUCGCAGAAGACACUCAAAGGCCAGAUGCUGUCUCGUUCGUAAUCGUUCUCCCCGUUCGGCCGCGGCACCGCUCCUACCACCGCAUCCAGGUGUUUCUACCAUAUUGGUUGAUGCAGAACUUGCUGCUGUCAGAGGGAGGCCGGGUGGAGCUCCGCAGCAUCCUUCGUCCACCCGCGGGAUCUUUCGUCCGGUUCAAGCCGCAUGAUGAAUCGUUUCUUGGCGUGGCGGCCAAACAGCAUGAGGGCGACAACUUUUUCCUCGACGUGGUGGAGCUGAGGACGUUCGACUCUUCCCCCGCGACGGUCGUCUCCGACGGCGGCGGAGACAGUCCCAGCCCAGAUUCUCCGUCAGCGGCGCUCCGUCCUCCCAGGAACGGAACGCCCGUUGGAACCGGCCACGAAAACGACAAUGACGACUUCACCCGCAACGGCGUCAGCAACCAUGACCACCACGAUGGCAACGGGUCGCCUUAUCGCCAUGCGGGGAGAAGGGUACGGCACGAUGACAACGGGUCUCCCUGUGGCGAGGCGGGGAGGAGGGUGCGGCUAGUGGGGCUCCUGGGAGACCUAGACCUCGAGGUGGAGUUCUGCUCGCCCCACGCCCCGUUACCACCUUCGCCCGCUCCGCACAGCGGCACCGAAGGAAACGGACACAACGCGACACGACGGGGCCCUGCGGACGAGGGAAGUGCUUCGAUCGGGGAAGUAUCGCGGGACCCCGCGCGUUUCCCGACACCGGCGUCUUCGUCGUUAGCCCCACGGCCGCCGCCGCCGUCGUCGUCGUCGGACCAAGUCUUCGCCGACAAGGAAGAUUCAGUGGAGAGCGGUGUCGGGCGGGUUCUGUCCCUUCCGGCACCCGCCACGGCGAAGAGGAGCAGCAGCGACGAUUGCUCGGCGGGUUCGGGGUUGGAGCCGUCGCUGUGGAGAGCGGGUCACCUGGGGAUAAAGCCUCCCGUCCCUCCCUCGUCGAGGUAUUCUUCAAGGGUAAUAAAGCGUCAGCCCUUCUCCGGAAAGGGCAUGUCACUGUCAGGGGGCAUGGCGACAGCGGCCCCGAACCCCGGCAACAGAGUGGCAUCCUCUGGUCGAGAGGACCAAUCACCAGAGGGAGGGGAGGCACCGUCAGCAGCAAGAGCGCAAGCUCGGGCGGUGGGGAUUCGAAGCUACAGCGAAGAGGACGUAGAGCCCCGGCGGGGCAGCAGCGUAGGGAGACGUUUUGUCAAGGAAGCGGUGGAAUCAAGCAGAGGAAGCGAAGACAGCUGUCCACGACGGGUCGUCGUCGACAGGCUUGGGGUUUCCAGGAAAUCCGCGUUCUCGCCUCAAGGGACCAACGAGGCGCGAGAAGCUGUGGAGGGGAGGGUCCUCGGCACAGGAGCACUGGUCGCGUCGACGGCAUCAUUGGCGAUAGGGAUCAGAGGGGACGGUAGCGCGCCAGAAACGGAUUCAUCGAGAGGUCAGCGGUCAUCCGGCGGCGACGGUGGUCUUGCGGGCGUGAGGUUGACGGAGGCUCCAGCGGCUGCGGCGGCGAUGGUGACCUCCACCUGCGGUUCCUGCGGGAAGCUCGUCCCCGCGGGGAACCAACAGCUCCACGCGUUGCGCUGCCGCCCCUCCUCGUCAACAGACGGACGACGAUCAAGACGCGGCGGCGCCGUCCCCGCUCCCAACGACGCGCCACCGGUAGCAGCCGCCGAGCAGCCGCGGCCGGCGGCGGCGAAGCAGGACGCCGCUGCAAGAGAAUCCGCGGCGGCGGCGGCGGCGGCAGCAGCAAGUCCGGUGCCGCCGUUCACCUGCGCGUACUGCGGGCUCUCCUUCCGGACAGUCGGUGCCGCCGGCGAUCACGAGACGCUCUGCGCCGCGAGGACCGAGCGGUGCGGCCGGUGCUGCGGUCUCGUGCCCCGGGGGGACGCCGAGGCCCACCGCCGCCCGGGGGGGGGCUGCGACGCCGCGAUCUCAGCCGCCACGAAGAGGGAAGAAGCGCAAGCAAUCGCGACCGUGGUUGCGGGUGGGGGGAAAGGAGGGGUAGGAGCGACUGAUCUGGGCCCUGUGGGCAGCGUGGUCGGCGGUGCGGAACCCAGCGGGAGAUUCAACGGCCACCUCGAUCCCGGGAAGAGCGGGGGUAGGUUUGACGCCCUCCUGGCGGAAGCCCUGAGUUCUUCCAAGGCGGCGACGGCAGUCUUGGCCGACGCUCGCGCCAAGAAUGCCGCAAUGAUGGCGGCAGGGGAAGGGUCCCCGACGGGAACGGGGACGGGCUCUCGCUCGCACCGUGACGGCGGCGGCGGCGGCGGGGAAGAUGGCGCUUGUGUCGAGAUGGGAUCAGUUUCUGGAAACGAAGCUGCGGCCCUUGCCGUGUCGCCGGCACCAGUGGGCAGCGGAGGACCGACACUCUUAACCGAACCAGGCGUAGACAUUAGCGUGACAACCCCUGGGAAGGGACCUCAGUACAAGCGUCCCUCUCCUCGCCAAUUUAGCGUGGGGAGGGGUACUGACGGGGAAGAGGAGGAGGAAGACGGGGAGGCGGCUAUUGCUGGCCAUCUCAGUGAUCGGCCGUGGGCGUGCUCGCGGUGCACCCUGGUGAACCCUCGCCACGCCGAAGCUUGCGAGGCCUGUAGGUCUACGGCCUGGUCGGAAGAUAACGACUCGGAGAAGCAAACCGGCGGCGAGGGGACCACGCGGGCCGGGACCAAGCCUCCCGGAGCCUGCGAAACCCCGCCGGGUAUCAAUCCAUUAGAAACGCCGGCGAUGGGGGUGGUCGCUCCGUCGGCCGGGGCGGCGACCGCGGUAGAGGCGGAGGGGCGCGGCCGGUUCUUCGAGCCCCCUGCGGGCGCAGCGGAAACAACCAGCAUCAUCGGUAGCAGCGCCGAGGUGGGGGGUGCCGAAUCCAUGCGACCGCCGCACUCGGAACGCUCCUCCUCACCCAAGGGGGUGAUAGCGAGGGCUGCAGAGGCGGCGGCGGGCGGAGUGGCCGUGUCACGGGCGCGGUGUCUUAGGCCACAGGGGCGGUCUCAGACCACGGACAACCCUCCGGUCAUGAUGGCACACGCGGUGCCGGCGGUCUUGUAG